AUGGCGCCAGAUCGACUUGUCUGGAGCCACGGCCAACACCACCACUUUAUACCAACCCUUAUCGACAAUAAUACUCCACCUCAAGACUCCCACGUCCUUACUCUAUAUCUACCCGUUUCCACACCUUCCCUGUCGCAACCUCAGUCGUUCACCAAGCUCAACCCAGAGCCCUACAACCACAGUCACGCUCUACAACCACAGUCACGCCCUACAAUCACAGCCACGCCCUACACUACAACCACAGCACGCCCUAUAACCACAGCCACGCCCUACAACCACAGCCACGCCCUACAACCACAGCCACGCCCUACAACCACAGCACGCCCUAUUACCACAGCCACACCCUACAACCACAGCCACGCCCUACAACCACAGUCACGCCCUACAACAACAGCACGCCCUACAACAACAGCCACGCCCUACAACCACAGCACGCCCCUACAACCACUGUCACGCCCUACAAGCACAGUCUCCCCCUACAACCACAUCCAUGCCCUACAACCACAGCCACGCCCUACAACCACAGCCACCCCCUACAACAACAGCCACGCCCUACAACCACAGCCUACCCUACAACCACAGCCACGCCCUACAACCACAGCCACCCCCUACAAUCAAUGCCACCUACACCCGCACCCGCACUCGCAUCUGCACUCGCACCCGCACCGCACCCGCACUGCACCCGCACCCGUACUCGCACUCGCAACCGCAGCCGCAUUCGCAUCCGCACCGCACGCGCACCGCACGCGCACCCGCACCCGCAACCGCAUCCGCAGCCGCAAUCGAAACCGCACUCGCACUCGCAUCCGCACACGCAUCCGCAUCCGCACGCGUCCCAUACCCGUACCCGUACCCGCGUAUUUCUACCCGUAG